GUUCGAGAUGCCGUUCAACAUCUGGUGCCUUGGCUGCAACAACCACAUUGGCAUGGGUGUACGCUAUAAUGCCGAGAAAAAGAAAGUUGGCAUGUACUACACAACGCCACUCUAUGAGUUUCGCAUGAAAUGCCAUCUCUGCGACAACUACUUCGUCAUUCGAACCGAUCCGGAGCAUUUUGAUUACGAACUUGUGGAAGGUUGUCGUCGGCAAGAGAAGCGCUAUGAUCCAUCAACGAUUGAUCAUUUUGCACCAAUCGACCGAGGAUUCAACAGACAGCUAGAAGGCGAUCGAAUGUUUCAAGUCGAACAUGUGGAAGAAGACAAAGAGAAAGCAACAAGUUCGGCAGAUCAGAAAGUUGCCUAAAA